AUGGGAUCACUUGAUUAUGAUCCAAGUUUCAUAAAGUCUCUUGUUGAAACCUUUAGUAAUGAUGUAGAAGAGCUUAAUGUUAUGGAGCAUUUUCGUCAUAGAUUUUACAAAGGUAUUCAUUUAUUUAAAAGCUUUAAUGUUAGAGUAAAGAGAAAUGAUACCAAAAGUGCACUUUUUGAUCCUGUUAUCGCUGACUUGUCAUCACUCACCCAAUCAAAUGAGAACGUUCAAACCAAACUUGUUAUUACUGAUGUGGCAUCACCCAAUCAAGUGAUAAUGCUGAAAUUGAACCUUUUGAUCAAGCACAUAAAGACAGUGCACGAGGGUCAAAAAGAUUUCACCGUCAAAGUCUUUAAAGAUUACUUAUGUAACAACUCUGGAAAGGAAUUUGCAAAUAAGCGAAAUUUAGUCUUGCACAUGACAACAGCCCAUGGGGGUCUGCACCACAGGACAGUACACGAAAAUCGUAAAGAUUACACCUGCGUUAAGUGCGAAAAAACAUUUGGACAUAAAAGUACAUUAAUUUCGCACCAAAAGGCAGUCCAUGAUGGUCGUAAAGAUUACGCAUGCGACAAGUGCGAGAAGAAAUUUGCAAGACAACCCGAUUUGAUCGGGCACCAAAGAACAGUACACAAAGGUCAGAAAAAUUUCGCGUGUGACGUGUGCGAGAAAAAAUUUGGACAAAAACCCCAUUUGCUAACCCAUCAAAAGACUGUACACGAAGGUCGCAAAGAUUACGCGUGUGACAAAUGCGAAAAAAAAUUCGGAGUCAAAAGUAAUUUACUCGCCCACCGAAAGACAAUUCAUGAAGGUCGCAAAGAUUACGCAUGCGACAAGUGCGAGAAGGUAUUUGGAACAUCAAUAGAUUUGACUAGACACCAAAAUACAGUACAUGAUGGUCGAAAAGAUUAUGCAUGCGAUAGGUGCGAGAAAAAGUUUGGACGACAAAGUGCUUUAAUCAGACACCAUAAGACAAUACACGAAGGUCGCAAAGAUUCUGCAUGUAAUUAUUGCGGGAAAAAAUUCGUAAAUAGUCUUAAUUUGCUCUCACAUAUAACAAUUGUCCACCAAGGUCGCAAAGAUUUCGCAUGUAACAAGUGCGAAAAGAAAUUUGGACAUAAAUCGAGUUUGCUCGUUCACCAAAGGACACUCCAUGAAGGUCGGAAAGAUUUCACGUGUGACAAGUGUGAAAAGAAAUUUACACAAAAACCGAGUCUGCUUUACCACCAAAGGAAUGUACACGACGGUCGCAAGUUUGACGCAUGUGACAAAUGAGAGAAAAAAUUUGGAAAAAAUGGCAUCUGAUACAGCACCAAAAAACCGUCCACGAAGGUCGCAAAGAUUUGUAAAUAAUCGUAAUUUGCUCUCACAUAUAGCAACUGUCCACCAAGGUCGCAAAAUUUUUGCACGUGACAAAUGUGAAAAGAAAUUUAGACAAAAAUCGGAUUUGUUGAAGCACCAAAGGUUAGUCCACGAAGAUCGAAGAGUUUACCUAUGCAACAAGUGCGAGAAGAAAUUUGGACAAAGAAGUAAUUUGUUCAGGCACCAAAUUACAGUUCAUAAAGGUUAUCAUUAUCAAUUAUUCGACAAGUACGUGGGGAAAUGAUGAUUGACAAAUGUAAAUAAUCUAUAGAUAUUUG